AUAAAUGUGACCCCUGGUGGUCCUAAUUCGAAAUUAGAUCACAAAGUGAUUAUAUUAUAUAUUAUAUUAGUAUAUUUUGACGUUUAUUAAUCAAGUAAAUUAUUUACUGUAUGUGGUUGCAUAAAUGAGGCUAUAUACUUCUCAGAGUAAUAUGCCUGCCCUGUAUCAGAGCAGCGCGUGUUGAUGAAAAAUGUUAUUGUUUAACAUGACGUUUGAUUAUUUUAGAAAGAGUAUAUAUCUCAAAAGCAGCAUAUAGUAUUCAGUUGAAAUUGGAAACGUACUUCCCUUUGUGAAUGUGGCGAUUGCGCACUGUGCACACUGGUGCGCUUUUUGGGGUUGGAAGACAGACAGGCAGCCAGAGAGACAGCGAGAGAGAUAGAAAGAGAGAGGGGUUUCUCAUACACAAACAUUGCAUUGCAUUGAUGUCUUGGAUGUACUCUGAUUGAGUAGCCUAGUUAAGCGUUUGGGGAAACUAUGAGAAGGCAGAAGCCAUGAAGAAACAACUCCACCAAAUACCCUAAAUACACCAUCAAGGAAUAAUGUCGAUGUAUAACGGGACUGGAGAAACGGGCGGAAAGGACUACACCUAUGUACGGGUUUGUGCGUCGACCAUCGCCUUCAUAACAUUGGCAUUCUUCAACAUCGUCAUUAACUGGACUAUACUGCGCGAGGAUCGACUUCGGGGCCAUGCGCGCUUUGUGUUGGUUUUUCACCUGUUGGUGUCCGCUCUGGUGUACUUCGGAAUGUGUUCUGUUUUCUACCUCCAGAUCUACUUCGACGCCAAGCCGGUGGCAUCCAUAUGUGUGGCCAUGAUAACCGUCCUAAUCACCAGCGCGUCCAAUAUCCUUCUGACUCUCACUGCUAUGUCGCUGGACCGUUAUUUUGCUGUCUGUCAUCCUCUGUGGUACAGUUCUGUCUGGCAAUGGCCUUGGCUAGUUGGGCUACUGACAUGGGGACUCGCACUGGUUAUCCCCCUCACUCUGCUCUCCAAGACAGAGAUGCUCGGCAGUGAUACAAAUGUGGAAUGUGGAAGGGAACAGCUGAAGAAAGGUGGCCUGGAAAAAAUAGUGUUGAUAUCUGUGUGCACGGCGCUCAUUCUGUACAGUUAUGUAAGGAUACUGUUUGAGGGGCGACGGUUGGGAGUGAUGAAUCGACGCAACAUGGUCGGAUGCAAGACCCUCGCCCUGCACGGUACUCAACUCGCCGUAUACAUCCUCCCCAACUUCAUGAACUUUGUGCUAACAGUUCUCCAGAAACAAGGACACAUUCAGCCGGGGACCAAAGAACUGUCUGCGGUGGUUAGUUUCGCGUUCUUCAGCUUGGCGCAGUGCGUCGCACCAAUCGUCUACGGGUUGCGUAAAGAGGAACUCUUGGAGCAGGUGCAUCGCCGAUUCCCUUGUUGUUCCCGCCACCUGAAAACCGUCCUGGGCCCGGUUUCCCAAAAUCAUCUUAAGGCUAAUUUCAUAUUAGAGCCCAAAAGCCGAGGUUCUAACGAUGAAUUUAGCCUUAAGAUGCUUUUGAGAAACCGGGCCCUGGAGUGGACCUGGCGUGCCAUAACGCCUUGUCUGCAUUCCCAGCCAAGUGAAAGAAGACUGACGUUCCAGACACUCAUCUCACUGGAGCCCCCACAGACCCCAGUUUGAGGGGACGCCGGGAGCUAAGAAGCCACCGUUCCAGACACUCAUCUCACUGGAGCCCCCACAGACCCCAGUUUGAGGGGACGCCGGGAGCUAAGAAGCCACCGUUCCAGACACUCAUCUCACUGGAGCCCCCACAGACCCCAGUUUGAGGGGACGCCGGGAGCUAAGAAGCCACCGUUCCAGACACUCAUCUCACUGGAGCCCCCACAGACCCCAGUUUGAGGGGACGCCGGGAGCUAAGAAGCCACCGUUCCAGUAACUUCACUACCCACGAGUACUUCUCCUGUGCUCCAUAGACUGGGCUGAAGACGUUUUGUACCAGACUGAUACUGCCUUUCAGAUGUCAUUGAGACAACGGUGGAUGGGGGGACAUAGCAACCAGACGAAAGGUGUCGCUCUCACUAUAAACAUUUGAGACGAGUCUCCAUUUUUUUUUGCCGAUGAACAUUCAUACAGUACUUGGUUAUCCAGCAUCUGUACAAAGCUGUGAAAGUGCUUCUGUUCUACCCAGGAUGUCGUGACUUUAUAGGUUUGGGGCAUCACUAUGGACAGACCAGCCUCAGACGACCUGUAAUGCAUUAACUGUACUGUGUCAGAGAGGAGUCAAGCAGGAAUUUGACUUGUAUUACAGUACAAGACCACCUGACCAUCAGAAUUGCCUGGAUGUGCAUUGUGCAAUAUAGCCUACUUUGAAAGAGUUGAUUCAUUAAUGAUAAUUGAAGCAGCAAUGUCAGAUUUUUUUGUGUGAGUUAAAGUCAAGACAUCUUUUAUUUGAGAUGAAAAGAUCCAGAUUCAUUCAAACAAGAGCCAAAUUGAACAUUAUUUCUCAUCUUCAUCGCCAUGUGAACCUCAGUGGCAGAUUCUCUGUAAUAAAAGAGCUGAAACU